AUGGAUCCACAGCAGGAGACAGGUCCUGGCAGAUCCCUGAACAGCUCAGCCAUGUCCUCCAGCCGUGCCCGGCAGUUCCCAGGGAACUGCAGCCUGGAGCAGGCCCUGGAGACCGUGGUGGAUGUGUACCACCAGUACAGCGUCCGGAAGGGACAGAAGGACCUGCUGAGCACCGAGGAGUUCAGCACGCUGCUGAAGGAGCAGGCACCCACCUUCCUGGGGGCAUGUGACAGGAACCAACCCGGGUACCUGGAGCGGCUGUUCAGUGAGACCGACCUGAACCACGACAAGGAGCUGAGCUUUGAGGAGUUCACCAUCGUGCUGAGCAAGCUGGCGGAUGACGCGCAUCGCAUCAGCCACGGCUCGGAGCGCUGCGGGCCCGACCGCGACUGA